UCUUUUACUCUUUGCAAACAGGAAAUACAGGUGUGCACCUUGGUUUGGCCCAGCGUUGCAGGAGAGAUAUCUUGGGAUAUAACUUUCAGCAUCAUCAUCUUUGUAAUACCAGGAUUAGUCAUUGUGAUCAGUUAUUCAAAAAUUUUGCAGAUUACAAAAGCAUCAAGAAGAAGAUUAAAUGCUGGUUUAGCCUACUCAGAACAUCAUCAGAUUCAAGUUUCUCAACAAGAUUACAAACUAUUUCGAACUCUGUUUGUGUUGAUGAUCUCUUUCUUCAUCAUGUGGAGCCCAAUAAUCAUCACUAUUCUCUUAAUUUUAGUUCAGAAUUUCAAGCAGGAUUUGAACAUUUUGCCAACAUUUUUUUUCUGGAUAAUGGCCUUCACUUUUGCCAAUUCUGCUGUCAACCCAAUUUUAUACAAUGUUACCCAUUUCAGACAUGAAUGGUACCAAGCUUUUUUCUGCUGUGCAACAUCUUCAGAAAGGACAGCAGCUGGUACGGACACGAUAGUAAGAAGACAUGACCACGGACAACCUAACGUGUCUGUUAUUUCUAAAUAAUUAUUUGAUGGAGGUACAGUGAUUGAAAAGUAAGAGCAGAAUUGUACUCUGCAAGGCAGAUUUUUACCUAGUGAAAACUGUAUUGACUUUAAUACAGCAAAAACAAUUUAUAGUGCAGACCCUCAGCUAGUAUUUUUAUUAUUUAUUUUUUUACUAAAGAUAGAAAGCAAGUUUUUACACCCCAGUUAGAGUUACAUGGAUUUGUAGUAUCUUAAAACAGCAAAAAGAAAAAGUUCAUAUAAAUUUUCGUGCACAAACUAACUUGUGCAUACUUGAACAUAAGUUUGUGUAGACUAGUCUGUUUUUUUGCAGCAAAUUCUAAUCUUAAUAUUCAAAU